AUGUCUUUUCGAUUGGCAAGAGCAUCAGUAAGAAUAGCAACAACUGAAAUCAAUUCCAAGUCAUUUACUGUUAGAGACCAAGGAAAACGACUUUCGUCUUCGGCACAACAACUUUCGGAAAGUUUCCACACCUUUGAUAAACCAAUUCAUUUACUUUCUCCUCUUCAUAGAUCAAAUAGUCAUCGAUUCGUUCGCUACGAUUCAUUCAUUCACAAUGAAGAAUGCAGAAAAGUUUUCUUAGAGUUUCUUCAAAUUUCCAAAUGUGAAGAAUUAGUUUUGUUUUGGGAAGAAUUACAUUCGUAUAAGGAAUGUUACAAACAAUUCUAUAUGAAACUCAAUAACAAACAUGGAACUAUCUAUAGUCGAGGAUUUGACCCGAAAAAGAAACAGAAAUUGAUUUUUAACUUGGUUGAGAGAGCAACAUUUAUUGUAAACACAUACUUAACACCAAAUAGUUUAUUAGAAUUGAAUUUACAUUCUAAACAUAGAGUUCAUGCUCCAAAAGUGAUUGAUUCCAUUAAUAAUCGAUUAAGAGUUGAGAAGGAUGUAUUCGAAAUGAUUAGAGAAACUCAGGAAGAAACUCAAGAAUUAUUGAUAAUAAUUUUGAAUGAAUUGAAUCCAAAAUACAUUUUUGGGGAUGUAGAAGCAACAGUCAACUUGGAUUUGAAAGAUCAAUUGCAAUCUCAUUUUCUCAAAUCAGAAAUUGGCGCCAAAUUUGUGAAAUCCAAAGGUGAAGAAUUUUUUAACAAUCUUUCAAAAAGUAGAGAACAAGAACAGGUUGAAGAUGAAUUUAAGGAUUUGGUCAUGUCACUUAGCAGUUUGAAAUCCAAGCUUUUUCAGAAUCAUAUGAUUUGCGACUCUUUGAAAAAGAAUACGAAACUUGUCAUGUUUAGUUCGAAUUAUUCCAGUUGUAUUUCAGAUGAUGAUAUUUACAGUACCAUUUUAUGGGAAAGAGAUGAUUCCGAAUGGACUUCAUUCCAUAAGAAUUAUGAUUCUUCUCACAAGUUUUCGUAUAAUUUGAGUUUAUCCAAAUCUUGGACUAUUUCACAAUCAUUUCAUUCAGAUUUUGUAAAUCCAAAACAUGAUCCAAGUACUUCCUCAUUCAGAGUUGGUAGAGUUGACAUGAUUAUUCCAUUCGAAAGGGAGAAAGUCUUUCAUGCAUUUUCACAACCAGAUAUUCGAAAGUACAUUGAAGAGGCUUUGGAUAUUUCCUUACUUGAAUCGUAUACUCAAGACUCUUUGGAUGAUUUAGAUGAUGCAUCUGAUUGUGUGGUAGUGUCUGGUGAUGAUUUCUCUGAAAUUAUCGAUGUUUCGAAUGAUAGAAAGCCGAAAGGUUUAUUCACAUCGAAAUGCUCAAUGACUGUACAGAAUGGAACUUCCAUCUUGCAAAGAUUCGAAAAAAAGAAGGUUUACGAUAUGAAUCAUACCACUUUAUAUGAUUCAGAGCUAGAUUGCAUCAUUCAUGUGUCCAAGUCAAUUGUCAAGGAUUCAAAAUCUGAUAAUCUUGGAUUUUCACACUUUUUCUUUUACAGAGAUAAUGAAUCUGGAUCUGAUUCCACCUACAUGGUACAUCUAUUCAAUCUGGAAAAGAAACGUAUCGAUUCCAAAUUUAAAAUGAAACAAACCAUCAAGUCACGUGUCAAACGAGUGAAACAAACUUUCCAUAAUUAUUUCUCCAAACAUUCUGACGUUUCCGACCUACUUCGAACCAAUGAUCCUCUCUACAUUGUAAAUACCUUACUAUUGAACAAAUUUUCCAAUCCACAUCGUUCAUGGUAUCGAGAAUUAUUGAAAGAAACAAAAAGUAUUAAUUUUCAAAAAGAAUUGAAAUCAAAUUUUACGUUGAGUUGUGAAUCUUUGAAAAAUAAUACGAGUUUUUAA